UUCUGAUAUUCGUGGAUAAAAAGGGUGGGAAUCGGAUUAGGUUCUGCGUGCACAGGCGAAAACCCUAAUCCUGAGGCACUGAAAGUGUGAUAUGGCAAGAGUCAUUUCCUCUUCCUGCGCACGCCUCGCAAUGCGCCUCUUCUCCACCACCACCACAGCCACCGCGUUCGCCGUCACUUUACCCAAACCCUCAUCACUCUCCCUCUCAUCGCGUCGAUUCCUCUUCCCUCUCUCCCAUGCCAUCGUCCCUCCCUCCACCCGCGUCGCCGGAAUCCGGUGCCGCGUUAACCGCGCCGGAGACUCGGCGUACUCACCGCUGAACUCGGGGUCGUCGUCUUCGUCGUUCAGCGACCGCCCCCCCACGGAGAUGGCGCCGCUCUUCCCCGGCUGCGACUACAACCACUGGCUCAUCGUCAUGGAGAAUCCCGGUGGUGAGGGCGCCAACAAGCAGCAGAUGAUCGAUUGCUACAUCCAAACCCUAGCCAAGGUUCUCGGCAGUGAGGAGGAAGCUAAGAAGAAGAUUUACAAUGUUUCCUGUGAGAGGUACUUUGGAUUCGGCUGCGAGAUUGAUGAAGAAACUUCUAAUAAGCUCGAAGGGUUGCCUGGUGUUCUGUUUGUGCUGCCGGAUUCGUAUGUUGAUCCUGAGAACAAGGACUAUGGUGCUGAAUUAUUUGUGAAUGGAGAGAUCGUCCAGAGAUCACCUGAAAGACAGAGAAGGGUGGAACCACAGCCACAAAGGCAUCAGGACAGACCACGAUACAAUGAUAGAACAAGGUAUGUCCGGCGCAGAGAAAACAUGCAGUGAAGGACCAAUUUGAGAUAGGGAGAGGGAUGUGAUGUACAUACACUAUGGAAGUACUUUGUUACAUGCACUAUUUUAGUCUUGCCUUUGGAGACAUUCCAUAUAUUUCCGGUGGGGUAACUCAAAUGUUUGUUGUCAAACUUCUAUGGCUGUAUCAGAUGGACACCUCUUCGUUAUCAUUUUUACUAUAAACAUAAUGUUGGACUCUUUUCACGUCAUUUUUUCCCCAACAAAGUUGCCAUAGGUGAUUUGGUUCU